CGGCCCGCUGCUCUUAGCCUGUUGCUGCUGUGUAUGUGAUCUUAUCACAACAGCCCGUCGCUUAUCUCGCACAUCUCAGCGACGCACGCGUCUGCAAGUAGUUUCGAGUUGUUUUGUCUUUGUUUGGAGGCUGGCUGGUGUAUUUUGUAGUGGUCUGUCGCGUUCUGCAGCUGGCUAAUCAGUUAGCUGUAGCAUACCGUCGUGUGUACAGCAGCUUCACGGGCAAGAUGUAGUUUGAUUAUUAGACAUCAUUUUAUUAUUACAAGACAAAACAUGUGCGAUAAAAGUGCGCGUGACAUGAACCAACGAGUUUGUCCUAUUUAAACUCCGCUUGUUCUCCGUGCUAACGCGGACUCACUUAUUCCGUGCGACAUAAUCUCGUGCAAUUCGACGAGGAGCUGUUCAUGCUGCAGAACUGUGUGCGGCACAUAAAAUGUGUGUUUUAUUGACUUCAUUCGGCUUAUGUUGAACCAAACUGUGAAUGUGCUGAGUAACCCGGCUUGUGUAUGAGGAGAUAUUUAACGGUUGGCUGACUGGACCGAUCUCCUGGAUGUCCCCUGCCAUCACUGGAGUUAGUGGACAUUUGCACAGGGGCUUUUAUUUGACUGGUUUUGGUGGAUAAAGGCCAGGGAGUUAGACGCGCCAGGACCAGCCUGUAUCCCCAUCGUUUGGCUGCUUGAGUGAGUCCCCGAUGCGGAGGGUCUGAGUGCUCCGGGACAUGCUGAAGUGUAUCCCGCUGUGGCGGUGUAACCGUCACGUUGAGUCCGUGGAUAAGCGGCACUGCUCGCUCACUGCGGUGCCCGAUGAGAUCUACCGCUACAGCCGCAGUCUGGAGGAGCUGCUCCUGGACGCCAACCAGCUGAGAGAGCUGCCCAAGCCUUUCUUCAGACUGCACAAUUUGCGAAAGCUGGGCCUCAGUGACAAUGAGAUUCAAAAAUUACCACCCGAAAUUGCCAACUUCACACAGCUGGUGGAGAUGGACAUCUCCAGAAAUGAUAUUUCUGAGAUUCCCGAAAACAUUAAAUUCUGUCAGGCCUUGGAGAUUGCAGACUUCAGCGGAAACCCCUUGUCCAGGUUGCCUGAUGGCUUCACACAGCUCAGAGGACUGGCUCACCUAUCACUCAAUGACGUGUCGCUGCAGUCUCUACCCAAUGACAUUGGAAACUUGUCAAACCUGGUGACUCUAGAGCUGAGGGAGAAUCUACUGAAAUCUUUGCCCUCCUCUCUUUCCUUCCUGGUUAAACUGGAACAGCUGGAUCUGGGAAGCAAUGUACUGGAAGUUUUGCCUGACACACUUGGGGCACUGCCCAAUCUUCGUGAGCUUUGGUUGGACAGAAACCAGCUCUCCUUACUACCUCCUGAGCUGGGGAACCUGCGGCAGCUGGUUUGCUUGGACGUGUCAGAGAACCGUCUAUCAGAGCUUCCCACAGAGAUCAGUGGCCUUAUCGCCCUCACAGACCUGCUGCUCUCCGAGAACCACCUGGAAGUCUUGCCAGACAGCAUUGGCUCACUUAAGAAGUUGUCCAUUCUGAAAGUCAACCAGAACCGCUUAGUGCAUCUCACAGACUCUAUUGGCGAGUGUGAGAACCUGACAGAGCUUAUAUUGACUGAGAACCUUCUCCAGUCCCUCCCUUACUCACUUGGAAAGCUGAAGAAUUUGACCAACUUGAAUGUGGACCGAAACCGCUUGAGCAGCGUGCCAGCAGAACUGGGAGGUUGUGUCAGCCUGAACGUGCUCUCCCUCAGAGAUAACCAUUUGGGAAAACUACCUGUUGAGCUCGCCAAUGCAACAGAAUUACAUGUGCUGGACGUGGCAGGCAACAGGUUGCAGAAUUUACCUUUCGCAUUGGCCAAUCUGAACCUGAAGGCCAUGUGGCUGGCAGAGAACCAGUCUCAACCCAUGCUGAAGUUCCAGACAGAGGAUGAUGAGCAGACUGGGGAAAAAGUUCUCACCUGCUACCUGCUGCCUCAGCAACCCUCAUCGAGCCUUGAGAAUCUACUGGACAGGAGUGUCAAUGAAACCUGGCCCACAGACACUAAUUUGAACAGGGUAUCGGUCAUUCAGUUCAAGGAUGACUCUAAACGCGGAGAGGAAGAUGAGGAGACUGCGGCAGAGAGGAGGCAGGGUCUUCAGAGGAGAGCCACACCGCAUCCCAGUGAGUUAAAGGUGAUGAAGAAUGUCAUUGAAGCCAGAAGAAAUGAGGCUUAUACAGCCAAGCCAGAUGAGGAUCUGGAGUCCCCGGACUCUGAGGAGAAACGGUUGAGUAGGCUGUCAAAUCAAAGUCAUGAUUCUCAGACAUCCAGUAGCACCGCCUCUGCCACUCCUCAGGAAGAGAAGCGGGGUAUAAACAGUACAGGGGUGCAGAUUAAUGAUGGACAUGGUCAAGAGGAGGAGGAGCUGGAUGAGAUGGAGGUGGAGUAUACUGAGCCUACUGUGCACUUUGCUGAAGAGCCCAUCAUCCGUGGUGGUGAUGAGGAGGAAGAUGAUGAAAAUGAAGAAGACGAUGAAGACGCAGAAAGGAGCGAUGAGUACUCUCGAACGCCACCUUUUCCUGCAGAGAAACAGCGCCUUAUACGUAAAGACACACCACACUACAAAAAGCACUUCAAGAUCACCAAGCUGCCCAAACCCGAGACUGUCGCCGCCCUGCUGCAAGGCUUCAGUCAUGACGGCCUCUCACCUACUGCUCACACCCCUGAGGACGAGAGGAAUGGUGAGGAGGAGGAGGAGGAAGAGGAGGAGGAGGAGGGAGUAAUGGUCAAUACCCCUUUUCAGCACCGACUAGAAGCAGCUGAGCUAGAAGACAGCAGGCUGAGUCAGAUGAACUCAUCCCUGCAGCCAGUGAAGGGGGUGUCAUUUGAUCAAGUCAAUAAUCUGCUGAUUGAACCUGCUCGAAUUGAGGAGGAAGAGCUGACCCUGACUAUCCUGAGGCAGACUGGUGGGUUAGGCAUCAGCAUAGCCGGGGGGAAAGGAUCUACGCCCUAUAAGGGUGAUGACGAGGGUAUUUUCAUCUCUAGAGUGUCAGAAGAGGGCCCUGCAGCUCGUGCUGGAGUCAAAGUGGGAGACAAACUUCUUGAGGUGAACGGCGUAGACCUGCACGGAGAGGAACAUCACACAGCUGUCGAGGCCUUGCGCAGCUCGGGGGCAGCCGUGGUUAUGACUGUUCUGAGGGAACGCAUGGUUGAACCAGAGAACGCCAUCACCACCACACCAUUGAGACCAGAAGAUGAUUAUUUCCCCCGGGAGAGACGGUCCAGUGGGCUGCCUUUCCUCCUGGACCCUGCCUCACCUGCUGUCAGCACUGGACCUGCGCUGCAACUAGCCACUUGUCUGGUCCGCAACGAUAAAGGUUUAGGGUUCAGCAUCGCUGGAGGGAAAGGGUCGACCCCGUACAGAGUAGGAGACACGGGAAUCUUCAUCUCUCGUAUUGCUGAAGGAGGAGCUGCUCACAGAGACAAUAUCCUGCACGUGGGAGACAGGGUCAUAACAAUCAAUGGUGUAGACAUGGCAGAGGCCAGACAUGACCAGGCAGUAGCGCUGCUUACCGGCACUUCCCCCACCAUCACCCUCCUGGUCGAACGGGACCAGGCCAGUGCAGGGGGCGCCUCCCCUCGAACUCGACCUCAUUCGCCUCCUCCUCCAGUGCCAUCUGACUCACCUGAGCAAGAGGAAGGAGAUGACCUUGGAAACCAUCUCAACUGCCCCAUGGAAGAUGAAUACCCCAUUGAGGAAGUGACCCUGAUCAAAGCAGGUGGCCCCUUGGGUCUGAGCAUUGUAGGGGGUAGUGACCAUGCCAGCCACCCUUUUGGAAUUAAUGAGCCAGGGGUGUUCAUCUCAAAGGUCAUCGCCAAUGGCUUGGCCUCUCAGAGUGGACUUCGCGUGGGCGAUCGUAUCUUGGAGGUGAACGCCAUCGACCUAAGACAUGCCACACAUCAGGAAGCUGUUAGAGCGCUGCUGUCCAACAAGCAGGAGAUCCGCAUGCUUGUGCGCAGAGAUCCCUCGCCCCCUGGCAUGCAGGAGAUUGUCAUCCACAAGCAACCUGGAGAAAAGCUGGGCAUCAGCAUCAGGGGCGGAGCUAAAGGCCAUGCAGGCAACCCCUUUGACCCCACAGAUGAGGGCAUCUUCAUUUCCAAGGUGAGCUCCAGCGGUGCUGCUGCACGAGAUGGCCGACUGCGGGUGGGCAUGCGUAUUCUUGAGGUGGGCAACAACAGUCUGCUGGGUAUGACACACACGGAAGCAGUGAGGGUCUUGCGUGCUACCGGUGACUCCUUGGUCAUGCUUGUGUGUGAUGGCUUUGACCCAAGAAACGCUGCAGGCAUAGAGGCGUCCCCUGGUGUUAUUGCGAACCCGUUUGCGGCAGGUAUUGUUCGUAAGAACAGUAUGGAGAGCAUCUCAUCAGUAGAUAGAGACCUGAGUCCUGAAGAGAUUGAAAUCAUGCAGAAGGAGGUAGAGAUGGUGAGGGAGACGUCCCAGUGGGAACAGGAGGAGAUGGAAAAAGUGGAGCGUAUGCGCUUGGAGCGCGAGGAGGCAACUCGUUUGCUGGAGGAGGAAACUGAGAGUUUGAGCACUGGACCACUGAAACUGGACUACAAGACACUGGCUGCUCUACCUACCACUAGCCUACAGAGAGUUAAUAGAUCUUCACCGUCUGAGCCUCACAGGAUUGACAGUCCUGUCCGAGAUGCUGCAUACUCUCCACACAACUCACAGUCAAACAUUCAUUUCCCUUCAAAUGCAAACACCAAGGAUAAUUCAUCAACUAAACCUGGUGCCAUCCAGCCUCUCUCUCGGGUGCGACCCGCUGUAUCUCCAGCCAGUCAGGAUGGCCACAGCAGUCCCAACCCUUUCCAGCAUGGCCUCUCUCCCAUCAGCUGUCAGACCACUCCUCGUGCCCCAUCCCCUGACACACAUGAGGAAUACCCCAUCAAUAUCAAGCAGGUAUAUAAGGCCUUCGCAGCUGUGCCACACUCCCUGGCUGUACUGGAACCCCCACAGGAUCUUUACUCUCCACGGAACAAUUUCAGUGCAAAGCAACCAUCACCAGAGCCUGAGCUGAAUAAUGAAGUGUUUAUGGAUGAGGCUGAGGGCAGUGGUCCUCUCGGGCCUCAUCCCUCCCUCUCAUCUGACCGCCACGAGUACAGGAGCCUGGCAGCCGUGCCACGCCUGUCUCGCCCCUCAGUGGAGUCCAAGACCCCCUCCUCUGUUGGCAGAGACAGCCCAGAGCAGCGCUCCUUCAGAGACAGGCAGAAAUAUUUUGAGAUUGACGUGAAGCAGCAGACACCAGACAAACCUAAACCUCGCAUCUCACUUGUGGGAGAAGAUGACUUGAAGAAAAUGAAAGAGGAAGAAGCAAAGCGAUUUGAACAGAGUGCACGAGAGUAUAUGCUGGAUGAAGAUGAGGAGGAUGAGGAGGAAGAUCUGGCGAAGCAGGUGGCAGAUAUGAAGGCUCAGGGAAAGGUUAUCCUUGAUGGUGUGGAGUACAAGGUGGAGAGCUUAGGAAGCCACAGUUCCCCAUCUCUGAGGCAGUGCGCCACACCUCCCAGCCACUGUGGCAGCUCAGGUCCCUCCUCUGUGGACGGUAAAGGAGACUCUCAGCGGAAUUCAGUGGAAGACAGCUUCAGACUGGAACAGAGACCCAACUCCAUGACGGGUUUGAUCCCAGUUUAUCCCGGUGAAUUUGUGGCUCCCAUUCGGACGGCCAAAGCAGAGCGUAGGCAGCAAGAGCGAUUGCGCAUGCAGAGCCCGGAGCUUGCUGUCGCCAUGGACAAGGAGCUGUCGCCUGCUGAAAAACGAGCCCUGGAGGCAGAGAAGAGGGCCAUGUGGAGAGCAGCCAGGCCUUGUGGUCUAGAGGAGGACAUAAGGCAGUAUGAGCAAGACCUGGCUAAGCGGCUUUACCAGUCCCGUGUGAGGGCAUCUCUAGGCAGCGCUGCAGCCCCUCCCACUUCCUGCUCCUCCUCUUCCUGUCAGCCCAGGAUGAAGUCUCUAGAGCAGGAUGCUUUGAAGGCUCAGAUGGUCAUUGCCAAGUCUAAAGAGGGGAAGAAGCGUGGAACAUUGGAUCAGCUGUCAGAGUCGCCGUCCCCUGCGCCCACACCCUCUCCAACACCACUGGAAGAUAUCAGUCCACGGGCAGUGACUUCACCAGGCAGACUGUCUCUGUCAGAAAAGAAGUUUGACUACCGACAAUUUGCUGCCAUUCCUUCUUCCAAACCCGUUUACGACAUUCAGUCUCCUGGUGCAGGAGGUGAUGUGCACUUCAUGGAUGAUAACACAGGCGACUUCUUUGGAUAAGUGCUCUUCUACAGUAAUUUUGUGUCUCUUGUAGAUCCUGAAGUUCCUGUGGCAACCACAUCUGCUCUAGAGGAGAUGGCUCUCUACAGUAACAAGCGCAAACUACGACAGGGCCGCCGCAGCCUGGAGGCUCCAGUGCCCACAUAACCGUACACUCACACACUAAUGCAUCUGAACUGUGAAGAUAAAACACACAUAGCGAUCAUCUAAUGCUAAGAGAUGCCACACAUGGCAUAGAAUGCUCUGAAAUACACAUUGUACACAGAUAUUAAACCACUCUUAUUUCAGUGCCGACAACACCGGUUAGGAGGGGAGUCUCCCAAAUGCUAGUCUUGCCUUUUCAGUUGAAAAGGGUUGCUCAGAUUUUACUAUGAGAGGUCCAGAGGAUGGCUGAUUGAUUUACCUAUUUUACCCUGUUUUUCUGUCUGUCGGCAUUUUAGAAGCAGAGUUAUUUUAAGAGAUGAUAUGGCUUUCUUACUAAACACUUUCAAAACCUCCUCUAGAAAUGAAAAUGUGGAAAGGCAGAAAAAGAGCUAUUUAAACGUAACUGUGCUCAUUUCUUGGGAGAUUCAGUUUGCAGACGACAUACUGCUACCUUCACUGCCCCAUUUAAGCCAGACUUUCACUUUUGUUGCUUUAAUUCAUAAUCAGAAAAAAAGUUUUUAUUCCUUUUAAAUGUAAUUUAUUAAUGUAAUAUACUGUUUUUAAUCUAUGGGAUUCCAAUACAGUAGAGGAACAAAUUGAAGCUUUUGACAUAUGUAUAAGCUGAUUACUUGUGAUUUUGUGACAAAUUUUGAUUUUUGGGUUUGGGAUAAAUUUUCUUGCACUCAGCAUUUUAAAAAUGAAAAUGAGGCCUUGGCAUAAAGCUUUAUUUCCAUUUUCUAUCCAUAUCAGUUACGAAACAGAAUUUCUUCUUUAAGGUGAUGCAAAUGAAUGUAAUAUUUUUGAAAGGUUGCAUCUGACCUUAUUUAAAGAUCUGUUAUAAACCUUUUCCUAAUAUGUAUGAUCAUGCCAUAUCAAAAAGACUGACCUACUGUAUUGAGCAGCGUCAUUCUAAACCUUUUAAUUGAUCUCUAGUCUUCCUUUACUGGACUAGGAGAAUAAAAUGAAGUGGAUAAUGGUUUCAUAAGAUUUUUGUUCCUUCGGUGAUGAUCUUCCUCAAAGACACUAAAACGCAUUCUCCAUUUGUAUUUCUGCGUCUUGUUCUGGGCCAUCUAUACAUUGAAUCAUUCCCUGUGCUACACAGAGUGACCAGACUUGAGAAUUUCGAUCUUUGACAACCCAUCAUUCGCCAGACAUAACUGUACCUCUCCAUAAACCUAUGGUAUCAUUUUGGGUGUGGGAGGAGAAAAUUGAAUCAUCAGAGAACAUUUGGUCUCCGUAAACAUCUAAAAAUUUCUGUAAACAUCUUUUGUUUGUCUUGUUCUGACAGGUGUGUGAAGGUAGUAGAUGUUUUCUAAUCUACAUUUUAAAUAGUUGAACUUUUAAAGCCACUGAAAAGCUCAUUGUGUGAAUAAUGUAUAAAUGCUAAAAAAAAAAAAAAAAAAAAAGCUAAAAUCAAAUCUGAGCCUUUCUGCCCCAAGACCAAACUAAAGUCUGAAGGGUAUAGAUGAUUCUACCAGGGUCUUGACUGAUUGAUCCCUGUGUUUGUAUAUUGGCUUAUUGCAAUUUUGCAAAUUUACUGUCAAUCCUGUGUGAUAGACUUUUAUUAUUCCUUCAAGUAAACAUGUUUAUUUCACUGUUCUCAAAUCAUUUGUUCACCAUAGCUGCCAUCAACACUGUGUCACGAUGAACCUGUCAACAUGACAUUUUUUUUUAAAUUUACUAAUCUUAGCUUUUGUGUUGCUCUCAUCAACUGAAAUUCAGUUUAAUAACAGUUUGGGAUUGCUCAACAUUGUAUUUUUUAAAAACUGUAGUUUGAGAGAGAAAAAAAAGUUGGUUUUCUGUAACUGAUGGGAUAAUGGGAUUCACUACAUUUUUACUUUUUCAAAGCAGAAGAGUUUGAUCUCUCUUGGUGUUUUCUUGUCUUGAUUUAUUGUUGGGGAGGAAUUUUUUUUUUUUUUUUUUUUUUUUUUUUGCUAAAGGGGAGGGUGGGAUUAAAGGUCUGGGGAUAGAGCUCAUUCAGGACUGUAACUAGUGAAUUUGUACAACCAAAGAAGUCUAUUUUGUGGUUCAGGAAUAAUAAAGUUUACUUUUCAUUUAACAACCUGAA